GUGAUGCUACUGAUUCGAAAGCUGUUUUGAAUGCAUAUGUUGGUCGAUUGAAGCAAGUGAAACAGAGAUGGCGUGACUAUGCGAAAGAACGAGACGCGCCGUACGAACGGAGCAUCAAACUGAUCAAGACCGUCCAUCACAUCGCUCAGCAAAAUCAACAUUAU